CUGCAACGUGCUUCGCCAAAAAGUGUUUUGUAAACCAGCUCUCGUUUCGUGAUUUGUGCGUUGAAUUUAUUCGGAAUUUAAUCCCUUCACAGCACGAUGGCAUCAAUGAGAAUCAAAAAACCUACUACCCGACGUGGUAAGCGGGCCCUGGAAGAUCGAGAACCGAAAACGAUCGAGAACACCAAGAAAACGCUUCUGAUGGAGGGUCGCAAGUGUUCGAAUGAAAUCCGGCAAGCCCUGAAGGAUCUGAACCUGCUGAAGAAGCCCAACUCGCGCAUGAUGAGACGGAACAACGAUGUGACGCCGUUUGAGGAUGCCACCCCGCUAGAACACCUGGCCAAAAUCAACGAUUGCCACCUGUUUCUGUUUGGAUCUUCAUCGAAGAAACGGCCCAACAAUUUGGUCAUGGGUCGCAUUUACGAGGAGCAAGUGCUGGAUAUGGUCGAGCUCGGAAUCGAUAACUACAAAGCGUUGGCAGACUUUAAGACGGAAAAGAUUUCGCAGUUCACCAAACCGGUCAUCGUGUUCAACGGUUACAAGUGGAAGCUAACGGAGGAGUUGCGCCGAAUCAAGAGUCUGCUGCUGGACAUGUUCCGCGUCGGCGAGGUCGAGUCGAUUCGUCUGCAGGGUCUGGAGCAUGUGCUGAGCUUCACACUAACGGACGAUCUCACGAUACUGGUGCGAUCGUAUCGCAUUAUGCUGAAGAAAAGCGGGCAGCGUACGCCAAGGAUCGAGCUGGCAGAGAUGGGCCCAUCUCUAGAUCUGUCGAUACGUCGCACUAAGAUCGCUUCGGAUGACCUGUACAAAACGGCCAUGAAACAGCCGGCAAUUCUGAAGGCCGCCAAACGCAAGAAUGUGUCGCGUGACGAGCUGGGCAAUGUGCACGGUAGGGUGCACGUAGGCAAGCAGGACAUAAAUGCGCUGCAAACGAGAAAGAUGAAGGGUCUGCGAAAGACAGCCGACGAGAAACGGGCGGAAAAGCUGAGCAAGCAGAAGCGCAACUCGCGAGGCGCGGAAGAUGAAUCGAUGCAGGACGAUGAUGGUGAUAACACGUACGGCGAGGACAACGAUCGUAUGGACGCUGAUAGUGGAGCGGAUGAGUAAAGAAGCAUUUGCAAGCGUUCAUUUGGUACAAUAAACUAUACAGUAAGAUUCCA